AUGCGAUGCUGCUGCGCCUCACGACCCCAAGGUGAUGGUACGGUGGAUAGAUUGGAAGGCAAGCAGGCACAGAAGCAACUGCUGCGACAGCAAUGCGACGACUUGCUGCAACGCAUUCAAGCUGCUCCUGGCAAGAUCGGAUCAUUGCAGAAGCAGGCUGAGCGGACUUCAGAAACUCAUGCGGUUGUGAGGGUGAAGCUGGAAGAAAAAAGGGAGGAACUUCGCAAGGCCAAGGAAAAGUGUGCAGAGCUUGUGACUGCAUGCGCUCCGUCGAAAAUCCAAAGUGCAAGCUCACACGCGAGGAUUUCAAGCAGCCCAGCAGCACUGGUUGCUGUCACUGCAUCGAUUCUGCAGGAGUGUGAAAGGCUGCAGCAGAUGGGUUGUGAGCCUGACUCACCAUGGAUUUUGGUGGAAGCCUGGAGCGAAGGCAAUCGAUCUUCAAAUUUUCUUGGGGAGCAGUGGCUUUCUCUCGGUGAUGAUGCAGAUCCCAAGUCGCUCUUUCUCCAAGCAAGGGUACCGUUCUCAAGGCCUGAUUCUCGAAAGGCCUAUACGGGUACCUGCCUGCCAGAGCUGCGAGUGCAACUGGACCACGCCCGUGAAAGAAAUCAUGCAAUCUUUGGACUGCAGGCUUUUGGCUUGCAUGCACAUGCACUUUCGGAUCUUCCUAGCAAGAUGACGCUUCAAUUUUGGCGCUGGGGUGGUGAAAGCUUGCGGGUGGGGCCUCAGAGCCAAUCUGCUGAGCCAACAUGCUGGUUGGAAGCCAUCAGUAUUGCGGGGCAACCGCUUGACAUAUCUGGGGAGCGCCGGUUGCAAGUGACUGCGGACCAAGGGCUGGUUGUUGGUAGGCAUCAUCCCUUGAUUCAGCACUUGCUUGCGGAUAAGAAGAAACUUCUGAAUUGUAUUUCACGUGAGCAUUUGGCUUUUCGAUUUGAGCAGAAGGAUGCUACUCUGUGGGUCAACAAUGUCAGCAGCAAUCCAGUCGUGCUUUGUGGACAAGUUUUAGCAGCAGGCAAAGCUGGCAAAGUGCACGAUGGUGACAUUCUGCGUUUGGUGGCACCUGAAAGCCUUAUUGGUGGAAAAGACGUAGCAGAAACAGUCAAUAGUCAGGCAACAGACUCAUCAGCAGUGGAGACUAGUGUGCAGCAGGAGUCCAACACGAAUUGCAGCUUGAUGAGUGCAGCAGGCUUUGUGAUCACAUUUCGAGUGUCUGUCACUUUCCAGGUGCUGCUUUGUGCAAGCGAGAAGUGUGUUGGAGGAGGUGGCGACCCGCUUUUCCAGCUGAAAGGUUCGUGGGGCGAAGAAGUCUAUUGCGCCUCAUGCUGCGCCGAACUCAAGCGAAAAUCGCCCGACACAUUUUUCAAGCUGAUUCCUGCUCAAAUUCUGCCACCAACCUGGGAUUUGCUUGGUGCUACCAGCAUGGCUGCAGUUGAGACUCAUUUGGAACCUGGGCGAACAGAUUUUGCGAUGUGGGGAGCCAAUUUUGCAGACGAGAACAUCCAGUUGCCGAUUCUGUGUCCCUUUUCACAGCGAAUUUCCCAGGAGGCCGAUCAAAGAAGGGAAGCGGAGAGAGCUGCGCGAGCUGCACGAGCUGCAGACACGCAAGAUAUGAAAAGCGAGCUGGCACGCGUUCAGGGUGAAGCCGAGAAGAAUCUUCGCGAGUUGAUCGACCUCUCGGCGCAAGCGGGCUUAAACCCUGGCACACCAUCCUUUCCGUCCGAGCGCGUAGUGAAUUUGCCUGAAAGCAAAGAACUGGCGCAGUUGCGAAUGCGUGUCAAGCAUCUACAGCAACUUCAUGCACAACAGACGGUGCGUCAAGAGAAGAAUAAGCUCACCAACGAAAGCCAGCAGGCUUUGCAGGCUCAGGCUCCGGUACAAGACACCAGUUGCAGUUGCCGGGACACCAGUUUCCGGAGAGUUCUGCACGACGCAGAACCUUUACAUCCAGAUGGACUGGCAAAUCACGAGCUGCUUCUUCGGCUUCUGUAUCUACAUGCUGGAGUGCUUUUCAAAGGGGACGUGCUGGAGGUUCAAGCAGACAUUCAGCGGCCCAAAGUCUCCACCUCGGCAGUUCUCACCAGCAGGGUCUUACUGACGGUCUUGGCAGUACAGGGCCACUCCCUCACAAGGCUAGAGGAGAAGAUCGACUUCGAUGCAGCAACGCUGCACUGUGAGUGCGACGGUCGUCAUGUCCAUGACACUCCAUUGCUGGUCGACAAGACGGCCCCUCGUGUGCAACACACACUUGACUUCGAGCUGUUGGAUAUACCGGGACAACCACCUGCAGUGGCCAUAGAGGCAACGCUGGUGGAUUCAACAUCCAAUGAGGUUUCCUGCAGCCUGCAGCUUCGCUUGCCACUGAUUGUUACAAACUUCUUGACACCAAUGCAGCCGAACUUCCGCUUCAAACAGGAGUGGGACGCGCCGGACCUACAGGCUGCAGAUCCCGUCGACUUUCCUCUUGCUGCCUUGGUGAAGUCAGAUGCUGCCAUAGACUUCCUGACGUUCGGCGGUGCUUUGCAGAUGUUCCGUCUUUCACAGGACAUUGUUGGCUUUGCGGCAGAACUGCCUGUACAUGGCUGCCACGAGUCGCAGGCAGUGCUGGCGAGAGUUGCAGCGUUUGCAGACGGCAAGCUUGUUCUGCAAGCACGAAGUCAGGAGCGUCGCCUGGCCGACGCAUUGGCUGCUGCAAUGUCGUCUCUGCUUUUAUACCCAUCGCGGGCUGAUUUGUGA